AGCCGGAGCUGUUGGAGAGCAUGACUGUUUCAGAGUGGGACGGGGUGGAUGUAGAAACAGAGAACUGGCGGCUGGAGCAGUUCACCUGGUGCCGGUGCACGAACUGCCAGCCGAUGCCGUCCGUCCGGGAAUGUGUGUGCUGUCAUGAUCUGACAGAGGCGGAGAAGAAAGGCGUUGGUGACGGCAUUUUGUGUUUAGUUGAGCACGAGGACUUCCACGCCAACAAUAUCAACAAGACCGUGCUUCGUUCGGCACUUCUGGCGCGCGUGGAAAACCUGAGGGAAGCUCUGGGGGAUCCCAUCCUUCAUCGCACCUACCGGAUGCAAGCGUAUCGCCAGUGCACCUACUGGCUGCACGAGAGACUCGGCACGCACAUCAGACGAGUCAUCCCGUCGUGUGUGGUCUGGGCCAUCCGAGACGCCUAUCCAGAGAAGAAACGCGAACAUUAUAGGGGCUUCCUAGAGGCCGAUGAGGUGUAUGAUUUCAUCUAUGAAGCUCGGCGUUAAAGUCAAUUCCCAGUCAGCGAGAGGGUUUUGAUAUAAUAUUUGUAUUAAGUUUAAACUAUUCUAGAUAGACGAAUAUUUCAGUCACUCAAGUUCUAAAUUGUUCAAACAAUUAAAAGUGAAAGUUUGAAAAUGUUUGAACCUAU